UUUUAGAAGACGAAAAACAUCUGAUUAGUGUUUAUUAUGUCAAAAUUUUCAGAUUUCGAAGAAACUAUAGAUAUUAGACAGCACCAGAUUACAGAAUCCAAAUUAUGAAGAUGUAGCAAACACACAUUUUCGGUCCCUCUUGCCAGGGAACUCCGAAAAUGAUAAAAUAGGGCUAAAAAGAUGGAGAUGCUGGGUUUUACGUUCUGCAUCUUUGUUUUGAGUUCAUUAUUAUUUUCGUGCAGUUCAAUCCGUCAAACUUGUACUGGCAGGGAAAUAUUCACAAAUACUAGUGGGACAAUAAGAGUUGGAAUAAAGAAUAAAUAUAGCAAUUAUUCCAGAUGUGAAUGGCUUAUUGAUGCUGGAUCUUCAGAGAAGUCUAUCUUGCUGGAGUUUUCCUCCAUGGAAACAGAAUGUUCCUACGAUUUUGUGAUGAUAUAUGAUGGAAAUUCCUUCAAUAGUACCACUUUGGCCACAUACUCUGGGAACACUUUACCCAAACCAGUUUUAGCAACAUCUGGUUAUAUGCUGGUAUAUUUGUUUAGUGACAGGAAUUAUAAUUUGGAAGGUUUUGUUGCUAACUAUACAAUACAAGAAUGCCCAUACAAUUGUAACCGCAAUGGUACAUGUGUCAACCAUGUUUGUCUCUGUGAUAAAGGAUUUAUUGGAGAAUUCUGUGAAAAACAAUUGUGUCCUGAUUCUUGUAACUCUCAUGGACAGUGUCAUCAAAAUGGCUGCCAUUGUGAUGAGGGCUACAUGGGAGAUGACUGCAGUUUGCCGAUUGAUCGACUGGAAGGUGAUGUUCGGUGGUACAGUUUAUCAAAAUCUAGUCAGAACUUUACUGCAAGAUUUGGACAUACUAGUGCAUUUAUCAAAAGUGUAAAUUGUAUAUAUGCUUAUGGAGGUUUUAGUCUUUAUCGUAUAUUAGAUGAUGUAGUGCGAUACUGUCUGAAUUCGAGUAUGUGGGAAAUUGCAAUAAAAUCAAAUCCAUGGCCUAGUGGGCGAAAAAACCAUGCGUCUGUGACAGUAGACGAUGGAUUUUAUAUCCUAGGGGGUGUUUUAGACAAUGGUUCAUAUUCAAACGAUUUGUGGUUUUAUGAUAUAUCUUCUGAAAAUUGGACACAAAAAGCCACAAAUAGUUCACUUCAACUAGAAAAAUUAAUGGACCACACGUUGACAUAUGCUAAUGGAUGGUUGUAUGUAAUAGGGGGUAAAAAGGAGGAUGGUUUAUUCUCGUCUGACAUUUUCCGCAUCAAUGAAACAGAAUGUGAAAGUUGGAAAAAAUUGAAAAUGUCAGGUGAUCGACGUCUCAGUCGAAUGGUGUCUGGUCACACUGCAGUCUUUCAUUCCGUUUCGAACACAAUCUUAGUGUAUGGUGGCUAUCGAUCGAAAUACUCUAAAUACGUUGUGCUUUCUGGUUAUGUGUAUGCAUUUAAUUUACAAUAUAAUGUGUGGUCUGUUAUAAAAAACCCACAAAUAGUAGAAGAACCGACUUAUAAACAACAGGAGAAUCAUAUUCCAAACAAACGAGCACACCAUACAUCUGUAAUUAUGGGUAAUUAUAUGGUCGUGUAUGGAGGUAAUAUACACAUUCAUCAAGAUCUUGAGACAUGUUAUGAUAAUGAGAUAUUCUUGUAUCAUCUUGGCUGUCAUCAGUGGGUCAAACAUCCAUUGUUUAUGAUAACUGAUACCCAUGGCAAGAGAAGAUUUGGUCAUUCAAGCAUAUCAGCCUUUGGUAAUAUAAUGUUUGUAAUAGGAGGGUACAGAGGGAGUGUACUUGGAGAUGUAACUGCAUUCAAGUUUCCACCUACAGUAGCCCCAGCAGAGACUGAGUUACAAGAAGAUACAGAUUAUUGCAAACAGUAUACAGAUGUACAUAAAUGUAUAGAUGAUAUAGAGUGUGUUUUGUGUACUGCUAGGAAGGACACAACUCGUACUGGUUGUGUACACAGGACAAGGAAAAGGGAAUGUGAUUCGAAUAAGAAACAAAUCUUAGUAGAUACACCAUGCCAAGGAAUUUGUUCAUCUCUACUGUCAUGUCAAUCAUGUUUAAGUCACGGACAAGGAAUUAACUUGAGGCCAUCAUCACCUAGCAACAGAGUAUAUCAGGAAGAAUGUUCUUGGUGUAUAAAAAGCUCAAGUUGUACACAGACAGUGGAUCCUGAAGAGCUUUGUCUGCCAGGAGAGGAAUUCAGUUCAGGAUUGGACGGUUGGUGGGGAGCAACCAAUCCAAGUUGGAAUUCUAUAGAUCAGUGUACAAACAAUGACAUUCCAGCAGGGAUACAGGUUAUGUACUACUAUCAGCCAGAUAACAUACUGCAACCAGAUCAAGUAUUGUUUAUGAAAUCCUUUGAUAUGCUUAUUGAAGAAAUAUUACCAUACCAUGGAAAUAUAGAUGAGACAGGAAAAUUAAUCACUGUUAGAAUAACUGGUUACAUAUAUCCCUUGGACGCCCCAUUGGUGUAUGGAAGCAAAAUAUUACAGUUGUAUUUAGCAGGAACAGGAGACAUUGUGGCCACAUUGAAUUUGAGCAAUGACAGUUCAGUCAAAAAUCAAGAAAUAGUCAUUCCCAAGUCGACCUAUAAAAUCACUUCGACAACAAACUUAGCCAAUCGAAACAGUGUAAAGUUGUUCCCAAAUACAACACGUGGACAUAAAUAUUAUGUGGCUGUGGAAGCAGAGAGGCAUAAAAAAGACGCGAAGGCCGCUCUUAGCUUGCAGUGGAAUAUCGAGGUCAGUGAAGAGGGUGAAAUGAGAGGUACCCACCAUCACAUGCAGAAUCUCCAUCCGAUAACCAUGGAAUUUUUAGAACCAUAUAACAGUGUCCAUUGUUCUAUACACAACAACUGUUUAGCUUGUAUGACAGAUGCUUCAUGUGCCUGGUGUUCAUCAUCGUCCACAUGCUUGUACAAGGGAAACAACUCUACAAACUGUAAUGGAACAUAUGCAGUAACACAUCCAGCACAGUGUGAUUUGUGCCAUGACUAUCCAGACUGUUAUUCCUGUGUUUCAGAUGAUUUGUGUGAAUGGAGUACAAAAUAUGAAAAGUGUAUUAGACGAGGACGAUACAUGAGAAAUUUACGACAAAUAUCUGAGUGUCCACAACCAUGUUAUCUAAGAAAAAAUUGCAACUCCUGUGUAGUUAAAGACAAGGAUGAAUGUUUCUGGUGUGAAAAUACAGGCGAGUGCUUUCCUUUUGCUCAUUACAUCUCUCACCAUAUGAGUGGUCAGUGCCAGGAAUGGGUGGACAGUGAUGACCUCCUACAUAACCAUACAUGUCGGGACUGUUCGGUAUACAAGUCAUGUGAUAACUGUUUGUCUCGAUAUGGAUGUGGAUGGUGCGGUAAUGUGGACAAUCGUAUGAUAGGAAAGUGUGUGGAUGGUGAUUUUUCAGGUCCAGCAUACAACCUGAACUGUUCUGUGAUUGUCGCUGAUUUAGGGAAAGAAAAGAACAUCACAGUGGAUGAUCCUGCUAUGUGGAUGUAUGACAAAUGUUUGGACGUGGAUGAGUGUGCUCAUGAUGUAUACAACUGUGAUGAGAAUGCAUCAUGUGUGAACACAGAGACAUCAUACACAUGUGUGUGUAACAAGGGGUUCAUACAGUAUGGAAAUCAGUGUAAAAAAACAUGUUAUUAUGAUUGCCUAUACGGUAAAUGUUCGGCUGAUUAUGAAUGUCAUUGUGACCUUGGUUACACAGGACCAGACUGUAGCACAGAUUGUCAAUGUAACAACCAAAGUAUCUGUACAAAAGGUGUUGGAAAAUGUGAUUCAUGUCAAAACAACACAAAUGGUAGCCAUUGUCAAUUUUGUUUACAUGGUUAUUAUGGGAUACCAUCAAAAGGUUGUAAGGCUUGCCACUGUAAUGGUCAUGCAGAAACAUCCCGUGGUCAGUGUAGUUAUGUGACAGGAGAGUGCUUCUGUACUCAUAAUACAGAGGGAGAACAUUGUGAACGGUGCCAAGAAGGUUACUAUGGAGACCCAAGGAAUGGUGGCAAAUGCUUCAGAAACUGUGACAACAGAGUAAUUCUAAACCAGAAGUCAGGGUCACUUGGUUCAUUCCAUGGUACAGGGGUCACUAGUACAAGAAAGCAUUGUGUAUGGAUUAUUUCAGAAAUAGAUAUAGACAAAGUAGAAAUCGAGGAGCCAAUAUAUGAUACUUCUGAGAUUUCAAUAACAUUUACAAUUGACAACAUUGUAACCGAAUGCGGUCGGGAACAUGUCUAUGUGUAUGAGGGGAUUCCCAGCUUUAUAUAUGGCCAUAAUUCACCUGACACAGACACAGGACUUUUGGCAUCUUUCUGUGGAUCUGAGACUCCAAAAUCUGUCACAGUUAGGUCCAAAGUGAUUACAGUCUUUUUUGAGACUGGUGUAUACAACCAUCCUAUCUGGAUGUUGACAGCAGAUAUCUUAACCUUUGCAGGCAGUACAGCAUGGCAUAAAGAAUUGAUUGUGCCAGGAUUUAAUGCCAGUUAUCAAGUGAAUGAUUGUGGUCUCAGCUGUAGGUACCAGCUUAGGUUACAGAAUCCAGUCUGCCAAGGAAACAAAUGUAUCUGUGAUGCAGGGUUUGAGGGGGAUGAAUGUCGCAAGUUUGUCUGUUCACCAGGAUGUUUGUUUAACCAGGAUUCCCAAUCAUGUCAUUGUAACUCAUCAUUAGGGCCAGUGGAGAUUUUCCCAUGGUACACUGUGUUCCAACCUUACACCAGAUUGCCUGAAGACAUAUCCCGGAGCAGAUACGGCCACACCCUUGUUGCAUGCGGGAGUGACAGUAUGUACAUGUUUGGCGGGUACUCCCUGAGACAUGGACUGCUGAAUGAUGUGUGGAUGUUUAAUCUGACGACUAAUAAAUGGACCCAAAUCGUUCCAUUCACUACAACUGAGCCCACUGGAAGAUAUUACCACACAGCAGUCUAUUUAGAUUAUCUAAAGACAAUGUAUGUGUUUGGAGGUUUUGUAAGAAGAGGAAAUAAUGUUGAAGCUACAAAUGAAAUGUGGAAGUUUGCUAUUGGUGCUCACAAGUGGACACUAGAGGUAUCAUCAGAGGUAUAUCCUGUUGCUGGACAUACAAUGACAAAGAUAGGGGAUGCAAAACUACUUGUGAUUGGUGGAUUUUCAAGAACAAGUUACUUCUCAGAGAACAUGUAUGAAUAUGAUGCUACUAUAUCUACUUGGAGAGUCUAUACACAUAGAGACCUAAUAGGAGCUCCAAUAGGAUUGUAUGGUCAUACUGCUGUCCACCAUGAGGAAACCCAAUCUAUUUAUAUAUAUGGAGGAAUACUAUACAGAUCUCCAAGAGUUAAUCUGUCAGAAUCUCCUAGAGUGGUUCUGUCUGAUGAGUUAUAUGCAUUUGAUUUAGUCAGCAAACGUUGGAAUAACCUGCAGUCAACUAAAAGUUCAGAAGAAGAAGGGAAAGACAAGAGGAUAUUCCACACAGCAGUUGAUGUUGGGAAGUAUAUGGUCAUAUUUGGUGGUCAGUCUGAUGACCAACAACUAAGUGACAAGGUCCUGAUUUACCAUUACUUGUGUAAUGAUUGGCAUUCCUUUCAGUUCAAAGAAGUCCAAGAAGAUGCUCCUAUAAGCAUAAGGGUGUCAGCUGCAUCUGUUGCCAUAGAAACCAGUGUUUACAUCAUGGGUGGUUAUAGUGGUGAAGUUCAUAGUGGGAUGAUCAAAGUAACACUGCCAAUAGACCGGUGUCGACUAAUUAAGGAUGAGCAUGAGUGUGUUAGAUCUUCCACUGGAUGUAAAGCAUGUAUUAUCUCCAGUCCAGAUGGGAGCAAUGUCACAUCCUGUUAUUCAGCUCACAUCCAUAAAUUUUUGCCAUAUGAAUGUUUUGGCCAAACACUGUUACAAGGUAAAGGAGAAUGUGAUAAGAAUUGGCAUUUAAGGAGGGAUUGUGAUGGAUAUACAACAUGUGAUUCAUGUUUAGCUGUGUUCCCAUACUUCAAGGAUAUAAGACAGAUAUGCAAAUGGUGCUCGAAUUGUGGAGAGAACAAAUGUGUAAAAGUUGGUCGUAAAUGUACCGGUCAGACUUGUAUAAAUCACCUGAGUUCAUCACCAGUUGGGGAAUCACACUGGUGUGGAAUAUUUGAAUGUGGAACCAGUACCUGUGAAAGAUGUAAAGCUCUGAAAUGUGAAUGGACCAGUACAAAAGGAUAUAAUGAAGAAGAAAAUUGGUAUUGCAGACGUAACGUUUCCCCUAACAUUACUGUAUGUCCUGCACCAUGCCAGUCCAAUGCUAACUGCCAGUCAUGCAUUAGAAGUGUAGGAGCAGAAGCUGGGUCUGGGAAGUGUGUAUGGAGUCAUGCUCUACAGGAAUGUAUGUCUGAAGCUUACAAACCACUUAGGUGUUCUCAAGGCAACUGUGGUUUACUGAUUGACUCUUCUACAACUGAGUGUUUAAGACCCUGUCAUGAGUUCAGACAGUGUUCAAAUUGUCUGAGAGCUCCAGGAUGUGGAUGGUGUGCUGGAAACAAUGGCAUGGGAUUAUGUAUGCCUGGAGGAAUGAAAGGUCCGACUGGUGGUGUCUGUAAUCCAGGAGAUAUCAGGAACUUUCAAUCUGAUUCACCAAUGAACCAGUACCACUGGUCAAUAGUUGAGCCGAUUUGGUCCUAUAUUAGCUGUCCACCAGAAAAUGAAUGUAUCAAUGGCCACCAUACGUGUAACAAUAUAACUCAGGACUGUUUUGACACACUGAAGGGAUUCAACUGUUCAUGUAAAAAAGGAUACAGGGAAGACUCUAAUACCAAAGAAUGUAUCCCAGUAUGUCAUCAAGGUUGUCAACAUGGAGUAUGUGUCAGGCCAGAUAAAUGUGACUGCAGUUUUGGAUUUGUUGGCCAAAAUUGUACGGUAGAAUGCGAGUGCCAUAAAUACAGUGAAUGUGAAAGUGUGGAAAAGACAAAACAUUGUUUACUUUGUCAUAACAACACACAGGGAGCUCAAUGUGAACAUUGCAAGUUGUGGUUCGUUGGAAGUCCAAAGCUGAAUCAACCUUGUAAAUCCUGUUUCAGUGUCUGCAAUAAUCAUACAAAUAGAUGUUCUUCUGUCAAAGACUUUAAGAAACUGAAUGCCAGUACAAUUUAUUCUACUUACGACUAUCAUAGAGUGAUCAGGGAUUUCAAUCCUAAUGGUCCAAUAAGUGAUCCAGUAUGUAUACGAUGUCAGAACAACACAGAAGGUAGAAAGUGUGACGGCUGUCAGUCGGGCUACUUCAGACAUAAAGGAAUGACCAAGUUUGAUGCUUGUAUCAAAUGUCAGUGUCAUGGCCAUAGUCAUUUUUGUGAUAAUAUGACAGGAGAAUGUCGUCCAUGCAGAAACAAUACACGAACACGCUGCUCCAGUGAUGAAAAUGACUCGCCAGAUACAUGCUGGAAAAAACAGUGUGCAGUGUGUGAAGAAUACUUUCAAGGUCAUCCAGUCCAUGACCACCAAUGUUACCGUCAGAUGAAUGUUGAUAGAGAAUAUUGCCUUGAUCCAGAAACACAGAAUGAAUGUAGCCAGAAUACUCAUCCUUUGAUGCAAGGACGAUCUGUAUUCUUUGCAGUACAACCACGAUACCUCAAUGUAGACAUUCGUAUAACUAUAGAUGUUCUCAAGGGAGGAGCAGAUGUUUUCUUUUCCUCAAGUGACCAGACUUUCACUGUGAAGGACAACAAAGAGAAUGGAGUUCAUAUUUUAGAACUUGACAGUGACCUUCACAUUAGAGGUGGAAGCUCACAGCGAUGGUCAUAUCCAGUCAAUAAAAGGAGCUUAGAUAACUAUAAUAUCCACAUUCACAAUAUAAUGACUAACUUGGCAGAAUCAAAACCUCUGGACAAGAGGAGCGUUCAAAAUAGUACGUCAGGAGUCACUCAUGAACUUCUAGAGAUACAUGCCAAGAACUUUCAUACAUACCAUACUGUUACUCAAACAAAUACCAUUUUACGUGUGAAAAAUGUGGAAUCUCGAUUAGUGAUUACUUUACCAGUUCACAGUCAUAAUUUAAAAUUUGCUAGAUUUUAUAUCAUCAUGUAUGGAGUAGGUAGUAAAUACUCAAACAAUACAUUUGGAAACUUAUAUUUCAGACAGGAUCAACCACACAUAGAUUUAUUUGUCUUCUUUUCCGUCUUUUUCUCAAGUUUCUUCCUGUUUUUAGCAGUUUGCGUCUUGUUAUGGAAGAUGAAACAAGCAGUUGAUACACAACGUAGUCGACAGCAACGUGCAAAAGAAAUGAUGCAUAUGGCUUCCAGACCUUUCUCUAAAGUUCUUGUGUAUAUUGAACCUGAACCAAUCAUAAUGUCAUCAACUCCUGUCUUGAGGAGACCGAAACUUCCAAAAAUACCGCACAGAAAUGUGCCAAUCAUGGGACUUACUCCAGUAGAUUUAUUACCACCUAUUAUUCAUACAACAAUGACUGUUAAAGAAAAAGUGCCAUUUGAUGUGAUUCCAAUAGCAGUUGAACCUAUUAUUAGUGGUUCGGCAGCGAUAAGAACAGUUGUAAUUCAGCUUCCUGGGGGACCACAUGCUACAUCAAAACUUUGUAUAGGCUCAACAUUGACAUCUAAUUAUAGACCUGCAAAUAAUAAUCCUAAAGGUAAUACAAGGAGAAGACCUAGUUCUACUCAAUGUUGAUUAUAAAAAAAAAAUGCAGAUUCCUAUAGUGUUCCAUAGAUGGAGGCAAGCUCAGCUUAUGCUGUCAUGGUAUAAUCUUUUCAACCGGUAAACUGUAUUACACACCCAUGUAUGUAGGUCAAAUACGAUGUUAUUUUGAUGGGAUAUAAUCAAAUAGAACUGCUUUAAAAAUAGGGAUAUAAGAUAUAAUUUACAUCAGGUUGAUAAAUUAUUAUUAAAAAAAAGAUAUACUGUGGAUUAAUUUUUAUUCGAGGUAUACCAAUUUUCGUGGGUUUCGUGGGUCACAGAGAACCAUGAAUUUAAGAAUUCAACGAAGAAUAAUCCCGAGAAAUGUGUAUGGAGUCGGAUGUUCAUUUUCGGUUAUGUUAUGCAGUUCUAGUAUAGUGUUGACUAGCUAUAAACAUUAUAACAUAACACGUGUUUUUAUUGAAAGGAGAUACAAGUAUUUUGAUUAAAUCAAUAAUAAAUAUAUCGAAUAUCAGUGAUAAUUUACUUUUUAAAAUUGAUUAAAACUGUUCAUGGAAAAUAACUGCAAGUUGUUAAUUACCGUGUCAUAGUUUGGUUUACUGGUGAUUAAAAAUCAAUAGGCUUAAGUACAGGGAUAUUGCCCGUAGGUAAUAUUGUUUUUGACAGGAACAUUUAUUUUCAGACCUUUUACUUAUAUGACUGUUUAUUAUAUCGUGAUUAGGGAAAUGAGCUUUCAAUCAUAGAGUUUUAAAUGCCUUAUAAAAUUCCGACAAGAAUUUAUAAAUUGUAAAACAAACAAAUAAUUAGUUGUCUCUGUCCAUUAUUGUAAUAGAAGUUUUCAAUGAACACUUUAACCUAGAAUGACCAAGCGAGGAUUUUGACAAUUCAAAACUUUUUCAAUGAAUUCCUUCUUUUUUGUUUUUUUUAUUAUUGAUCAAACUAAGGAGGUUAUAUGAUCUCCUAAAUCAAAAAGAAAUCACUGAAUUACGAAUCUGAAUUUAUUUUUUUUUGUAAUCAGCGAUCCACGAAUUUACGUAUACCACGAAACGUCUUUUUUUCUCUAUCCACGAAAAUUGAUACCCACGAAAAUAAACGAAUCCACAGUAUGUAUUAAUAUGAUUAAGAAAUUUGAUUCAUUUUGUUGAACCAAAACAUAAAUUGAUUUCAAUGCAAUCCAUGUCUUUGCCUUGUAAGAAUGCUGAUGUAUGUGUUUAUUGUAAUUUGGGCAUUUACUUUUCAUGUAACAGGCUACAUAAAGUUAUAAAGCAAUGUGGUAUGUAACAUCAGUUUUGAUUGGACAGUGUCAAAAUUGGAGGAUGUUAAACCGAUGAUUUACUUUCCUGAAUAUUACACAUAACCACAGAUUAGGAGAUAAGACAAUUUAAGUAUCAUUAGUAAACAUUUUACAAGAUUAUAGUCUAUUUAGUUGGUGCUUGACAAUUUUCUAAUGUGUUAUGUUAUUUUCACACAAAACUAUUUUGAUAAAAAAAAUCCUAAAAGUAAAUACAGGCCAUGAUUUUUGGAAUAAAUGACAGAAAAAAAUCAGCUCGUUCUUAAACAAUUUGAUGACCCAUUUCAGAGAAGUGCAAUGUUCUUAGUCUUUAUAAAAGGAUAAUUUUGGUAUUAAUUUUUUUGUAUGGAAAUGUUUUGAAAUGCAUUAAGCAAUAGCAUCUUUUUUCUGCUUCAAAUAUUAAAAGCUUAUAAAUCAAUGUCAUAAUCUAUAGCUAUUACACUAGCUUUCAUGACAUGAAGAACUUGGUGAAUGUGAAUAUUUGGAAUAUGUUCUUUGGUCGGGUUGCUGUCUCUUUGACACAUUCCCCAUUUCUAUUCUCAAUUUUAUAUGCAUUUCAGGUGAAAGAUUUUAAUAUUAUAAGAAAAAAUUUUGACACUGACUAAUCAAUUUUUUUUUCAUUGAUGGAAAAUGUAGUUCGAAGAAUCUAAAAAUUCAACAAAUAUGAAAUGUUGUGUAGCCUUCAUACACCUUUAUAUUCGUUAGUGUGUGUGAUUUAAACAAGUGCAAAUGGUCAAAUCAAAACUUAUUUUACCUUGAAAUAAUGUAAACCUACUUAUAUUUCAUAUCUAUCUACCUCUCUGAUCAGUAUAUAUAAAAAAAAUUCCUCAAUUGCUAGUUAAUAGUAAAAUACAUUGUAUUCAGAAUUGCCAGUAAAUUUUAGAAUUAUAACUGAUAGCUUUAGUUUGGAUUUGAUUAGCAUAUUCAUACUUUUUAUAAUGUUAAGGAUGUACUGAGGCGAAAUUAAAAAAAUCUAGAAUUUAAAAUUGAUAGUCAGAAGAGCAUAAGUUGAGGAACAAAAUCAGCUAAGAAUAUUAAUAGGUUAUGGAGGUCCUUUUCGAGAUAUUCAAUUGUUAAAAAAUGGUGGGAAAAGCCUGACUCGGACUUUUACCUUAUAUUUGUAUUGGUAUUAUUUGGGUCUCAAAUCGAAAGAAAAGAAAUCAAGAAUCUGCUUAAAUUUUGUUAAAUGACCUUUUAUGAGCUAUUGAAGUCUUAUAUGAAAAGAAAAAUGGGUGUUAUGGGGCAAAAUAUUUUACCUUUAUCGUAGGAAAAAAACCAAGGAGUUCGAAUAUCUGACAAAAUUCCUAAACCUGACCUAAGUACAUCCUUAAAUUUUUUUUUUAAUUUAAAUGAGAGGAAAUUGUGGGUAUAAACCUGUGGGAUGAAAGAUUUUUCUUGCAAUGAAUGUUUUACAGGAAACUAGGUUAUACUUUUAGUUUCUAUGAAUGCAUUGCUUUUUUCCAGUAUACUGUAAACCAACUUAUUUUCGAGAGUGAUUUAUUUUUUGGCGAGUAGAGAAAUAAUGUGAAUGUAAAUCGUCGCGAAUGCAUAAAACUUUCACAUUUCCUUAUAAAAUGCAUCUAGAAAAUUAGGAAAUCAUUAGAACCGAUCGCCCUGAGGUCAACUAGAAACGGCUAAACGUGAAAUGAAGUAUCAGCGGAAAUAUGUUGGUGUACAGUUUUUUAGAUGAACAUUUCUAGUCACAUAUAUUUUGUUGAAUCCAGUAUUAAAGAGAUCUCAUGUUGAUGUAUUUCUUAAGAAAUAUCCACAUGCUGUCAGACAUUUUCAGUAAGUUGGAAAAUGUAAUGUUGUGUUCCAGAAAUUUAAUCUGUUUAAAUUGGCAUCAUUCUAGAUCUGAAUUUAUGUAAUUCUGUCUUGGUUGAAUGUAAGACAAAUUUUAUUCAUUAUUUGAAAGGAUAGACUGGGUAAUGGGAGAUUUAAGAAAAAUGACAGGAAGAGAGAAUGUAAACAAAGACUUAGAGCUAUUUUCCUAAUGCUUGUAGUUUCAAGGUUUGGUUGGCUUGCUUGCUUUGUUUGUAUAAAUGUUUGCUCAAGCAUUGUAAUUAAGAUUGACAUCAGCUAUCAAUAGAUAGGCGGGGCUUCAUCUUGCAUACAUUAUAUUUAACAUCCAAUAACAUUUAAGAAUAAUGUAUACAAACUGAAGCCCCGCCUAUUUGUUGAUUGCAGAUGUCAAUCUUAAUUACAAUGCUUGAGCAAACAUUUAUACAAACAAAGCAAGCAAGCAAGCCAACCAAACCUUUAAACUACAAGCUUUAAGAAAAUAGCUCUAAGUGAGAGAAGGAGAAAAUGUAGAGAGAAUGGUACCCUGUCUAUCUCUCCUCAUUUACAAAAUCAAUCUGAAAUUUCUAUGAACAAGGGAUCUAUGUUUGUCUUUUGAUUGUCAGAACCCAUAUACAUGUUAUUUAUAUCUAUCAUUUGAAUUUAUUUUGUAAUAUUUUGUGUUGACAUGCUAUACAUUGUAAAUAUUUGUAGAGAAUAUAAACUUAUAGCUUUAUCAUUUAUUCAUGUACCACAUUUAUAGCAUUAGAAAUCUGAUUGUCAUAAAUCAAACAUUUUAUUCAUUUUUCACAAUGGCAUUAUUUCAUUUGUUAUAUGAUUAAAUAUUUGUUGCUUGUUAUAAUUAUAUCUUAAAUUGUACAUAUUGUUUAUCAUUGCCAUAAUGUUAUGAUUUAGUAAGUUUUAAUGAGUUAUAUAUUAACUUCGAGAAAUAUUUGUUAUAUAUUGUAUUAUUUUUUAUGUUGAUAUUUAGGCUACCUGUAUAUAACAAAGUAAACCAGAUUAAACUAGUAACAUAUCCUUAGGGAAUGAGGAAGUCUCAGCAUUAUGCAGAAGAUAUUAAGAAAGAAAAUAUAUUUGUGAUAAUAAAACCUAGGGAAUAUAAUAGUAUACUCACUCACACUUCAACUAAAACGACAGAUUUUAAUAUUUUCAAACAUACUUUAUAGAUUUUCUUUUUAGAUAAUGCUGCUGCUUGCAUUGAACAAAAAUGUUGAUUUUACAAGUUUUUGAUAAAAACAGAAUUCUGUAAAUGACCUUGGUGACCCUUUUUUAUUGCCUGAACUUAAAAUACUCCCCAAAAAAUUCCUGUUAAAUUCAAUGUUCAAAUUUCUUCCAUUUGGCUUUUGAUUCUUUUAAAAACUGAUUUCAAUUAGAAAGCCUCUUAUGAGGGUCUGGAUGGGGUUUAUAGAAUAGAGAAUAAAUGGAUCAAUACUGCAGAAAAAUAGGCCAAAAGAAAUAAAAAAUAGAGAAAAAUAGGCAACCAUAAAAAGAAUAGAUGAUAAUGGGAUGCUAAAAUAUAAAGAAUAUAGACAAAUGGACAAAAAUUAUGAAGAAUAGAGAAAAAUGGCUUUAAAAAAAUAAAUAAUACAUUAUUGAUUGCCCCAUCCAGACUCUCACUUAUCUAGCACCAUUUGCUUUGUCACUUGUAUAUUGAGUCUUCUAAAUAUCACAAUGAAAAUAUGGUAUCAUUUUAAAAAAUCCCAACUCUGCAUAUUUAAUAUCUACUCAUGAUUGUGGUUUUUUCUUCUUGAGAAACAACUUCAAAUUACAAUUUUUAAGAUCAAUUUGGUGAAUGUUUUGUCUUAUGCAAUAACGUAAUUGAUUUAACGUUAUACUAGAUUCAUAGAUUGUGAUAAUUUAUCAUUGUUUUAGUUGGGUCAUAGUCUUAACUUUAUUAUUGUCAAUAUUAAGAUUACUUGCAAAAACCAGACAAUCAUGUCCUAGAUUUUAGAUAAAUAUAAAAGCUAGUGUCUCUGCUUAAUUUUAUUAUCCAUAAAUGAGAUCUAUUUAUAUUUAUUUUGUUUGCCAAGUAAAGUUGAAAUAUAUUUAUAUACUUGUGCCAGGUAAUGCAUUUAUUAGAAAGAAAUAAUCGAAGAAGAAUGAAUUGAUUUAAAAAGAAAAUUAUCAUAGAAAUGCUAACAAUGUUUUAAAUCAGGUGUGGUUGGUUGAGGAAGCCUUAGGUCAUAAUAAAGAUAUUCCUAGAUUCUGAUCAAACCAAUACAAUAAAAGAAUUAUAGUGGGAAUGCAUUUUUCAUUAUAUUUCUUGACUAUCUGAAAAAAAAACUUUCAAUUUGUAGAGAAACAUUUAAUCUUUUUAGUAAAAAAAAAAAAUGAAACCUAAUAAUUAUUGCGACUUUUUUAUAAUGCAAUAUAUGAAAUUAACAGAAAAAUAAAGCUAGAUGUGAGUUCUAAAUUUUGAGAUACAAGCAUCUGAACUAUUUUGAUUUUUUUUAGAUAUUUAUGGAUUUUUGAUAUGAAAAAUAUUUAUAGAAAUGAAUGUUAAAAAUAAUGAAAAAUAUUUAUAGGAAGAAUGUUGAAAAUAAAAACAUCAAGAAAUUCCAAAUAUUUGACAAAAAAAAUUUGAGAUAAUUUUUUUCAAAAGUAUUUAGAAAUACACUGGGCAAAAUUGUAUACUGCAUAGCAUAUGCAAUUAAAAAAAAGUGGGGGAGGGGGGGGUGUUAACCACUCCUGUACAAUUCUUAAACUCUAUUUUGACCACUAGAUUUAUUUUUGUCUACUUAUGUUGCAGUUUUCUUGACAUUCAACUCCAUAUCUUCCUAUAUUCAUUUAAGGGUGGUUCCCAAAUGUACAUGAUGCAGGUCAUAAUCUAGGGAUUAUUUUUUAUUUGAUCUCAUCGAUCCAAGUUGUACAAUAAUCAGUAAUGAUAAAAUUUAUUUAAUAAACAUGAUAAAAUAUUUUACCUUAAACAUCAUCUUUUAUGAAAUAACGAUUAAAAGAUGUAGAAUUAUGUCGGAAUAUAUAACUGUAUAUCUAAUGUAAACAAUGAUUUAAGUACUUAAACGUGAUCUAUAUUCGUUUCAUCAAAUAUUAAUGAUAUAUUAAAAAGAUUGAAAAGUAUACGGGAAGUAACUGAAAAUUUGAACAGUACAACAGACCACCCCUGUCACCAAAUUAGCAUAAGGUACAUUAGUAUUCUAAAUGAGGCAUUUGAUUUGUGUGAUGUUUUUACUAUCUCUGGUGUUAGAAAAUAGACGAGAAAUAAAACUUUUGAUCUCCUAUUUGAAUAAAUAAUUUAAGUUUCGAUAAUAUUUAGAUUAAAACAUUCUUUAUUGACCAUUUAUUGACAUCUAAAAAUCUUCUGUUUCUUCAAGUUGAUGUUUCAUUGACAAAAACCAAAGAUGAACUUUUAUUCAUGUUUUUCACCAAAUAUCCAUAUUAAUCCCUUGCUUAAAAGACUUGAUUUGUUAUAUAUAAGUACUAGAUUGCAUUUAUGGAUGUUUUGCUAAUAAAAUCAUUUUUGUAUUUAAUGAAUUUUGAAGUUUCACAGUUUGGACAAAAUUCCCGGAUUCAAGAAAAAAAAUUAUGCUGGAAGAUAAUAUCAAAAGAAAUCCAACCAUUUCUUAGAAGUAGUGGUGAAAAAUGAUAAUAGGUAAUUUGUGGCAACUAUGGGUGUUGUUGUCGUUAUGUUACAAUUCAUCCCUUAGCAUGUUCAUAUUUCUCGCACCAAGGCCUGAUUAUCAAAAUUAUUGGAAUCUGUACUUAUUAAUAUUUCACAUUUAAAGGAAAAAAAAUCUUGAUAUUAAAUUGUAUAAACUCAUGGAGCAGCUAAGUUUUAAAAUUGAUGAUUUGCCUGGACUAAAGCAUUUGUAUCUUUGCUGAAACAAUGUCAUUAUAAAAAAAAAUGCUGAUGAAUUUGUUUGUCAAAGAAUUUCUUAGGACUUUGACACAUUGUGCUAUUGAAAAAUAAAUUAUAAGAGAACAGUUAGUUUCAAUUUUUCAUUAUGAAUCAUCUUCUCAUGUGAUAUUACAUUAUAAAUAUUUUGUCAACUCUACAAGUAUUUAAUCAGGAUAUACAUGUUUGUCUGUGUCAGUAUUAUUGCUUUUUGAUUGUCCUUGUGAAUGCUCCAAAUAAUCUAGAAGUUAAUAGUUUCCUGUAACUAUUGUUGUACAUUUUGAUAUUUAAAAAAUAGAUCUGAUUACUGUGGUGUAUUUUAAUACAAUCACAGGAAUUUUUACUGAAAAAAGGAAAGAAGUGAAAUGAUGUGGGCUAAUACUAAAUUUAACAGAAUGGAAUUGCAUUUAAGAUGGAGGAAGAUAUGGAUUUUUAAAUGCAAAUAUUUUCUUAAAUGGGCCCAGUACUUUUAGUCAUGACAUUAAAGGUUUUUCACUUUUUGACAGGAUUUUUUAAAAUAAAAUCGGUUAUUGAUUUGGGGAUGUACAGCGGGCAGGUGGGUGGUGGGGCGGCUGCCAAACAGUGUCCGUUCAUUAAAAUGAAAACGCUUUGACAAUUUUCAAAUUUAGAUAUGUUGUUUCCUGUGACUAAAUGAAGGUCAAGUUUAAUUUUCACGAUUUUAGCUGUUCCCGUUCUUGAGUUGUAGACCUUUCAGUAUAUUGAUUGAUUUUUAUUAGGUGAAUUUGAGUUAUUAUCCUUUGAAUAGAAAUUAAUAAUUAACUAUGUCAUUUGGUCUCUUGUUUAUUUUGAGUGAUUUCCCUUUGAACAGAAAUUAAUUAAUAAGUAUUUCAUCAAAAAUUAAAUUCUUGGGCUUCUUUGAUAUGCUGAUUCUAACAAUGUUCUUAGAUUUUGGAUAUUGGACCAUAAUAGGUAAAUGCCCAAUUUCAAAUUUUUCAGUUCUUUGACCACAUUUAUUUUGUGUCACAAACCUAUGCUGUGUCAAAUAUUCAAUCACAAUCCCAAUUCAGAGCUGUUUUAAGCUGAAAAGGUUGUGUUCAUACUUGCUCAACUGUUCAGGAUUCAACCUCUGCAGGAAAAUCCGUUUGCUGUCACUCUGACAGCCUCUUGUUAAUUUUAAUAUAUUUUUUUCCCCCAGCAAAAUCAAGUUUCAAGUCAAAUGGAAAUGUGAUGCUAUGGGUGGUUGGGGUCUUAAAAAAAGUGUUUCCCAUGCCUUUUUCUUUUCCCCAUGUGUUUGAUUCUGUAACUGACUUUAUGAAUAUUCAUUUACAAAACCUAGGCCUUAAUCAAUGAUAUAGUGUAAUAUCAUUAUUAAAUAGGCCAUCUUUCCUUUUCAUUUUUGGUACCAGAAUAUGUAUGCUUUUGUGCAGCAACAAACCUUAGUUAAAACCAAAAUAGUGCUUACCCUUUAAGAGAGAGUUAAAAUUGUUAUCAAAUAAGUUUUAAUAACUGCAUUACUUUGAUUUUUAAUUCAUAGUUCUAUUUGUUUCAGAAACUCAGAAUAAAUGAAACAAUGCAACAACAUGUUGGCCUUAUUAAGGGUUUAUCCUACUGCUCUAGUAAAUUUAGCAAUAACCUUUGAACUAUGUUAUUUAUAGAAUUAUACUCUCAGAUUAUUGUCUUGUUGUAAAUUAUUUUAUGUGAUAUUAAGAUGGUCACACGAUUUCAUAUUGAUAUAAAUGUAUUGCAUGUAAUAUUUUGCAAUUAUUUGUGUGAUGGUCAAUUUAUCAUGCACAUCACAAUGCAAUAAAUCAUUUGAUAUAAUA